CAGGGCAGAGGGAUGUGGGUUGGAGUCCUAAGGGAGGGGACUGAGCAGAGAGCUGUGGGUGGGAACUAAGAACUAAGGACCUCCUCUUGGAGCACUUUGGCAGAGCAGCUUCUUCCCCCACCCCCAGGAUACCUCAGUUUUCCCAGCCAUGAAAUGGGGGCAGGAAUAGAGAACAUCAUGGCAAGUGUGGCUGCAGUUCUGACCUGGGCUCUGGCCCUCCUCUCAGUGCUUUCAAUCACCCAGGCACGGAAAGGCUUCUGGGACUACUUCAGCCAGAGCAGCAGGGACAAAGGCAGGGUGGAGCAGAUCCAGCAGCAGAAGCUGGCACGGGAGCCCGCGAGCCUGAAAGACAGACUUGAGCCAGACCUCAGCAAUAUGGACAACUUCCUGGAAAAGCUGGGCCCUCUGAAUGGGCAGGGGAGGGAACCUCCCGGGCUCCCACGCGACCCGGUGGGCAUGCGGCAGCAGCUGCAGGAGGAGCUGGAGGAAGUGAGGGAGCGUCUGGAGCCCUACAUGGCGGAGGUGCAUGAGCGCGUGGGCUGGAACCUGGAGGGGUUACGGCGGCAGCUGCAGCCCUACACGGUGGAGCUGAUGGAGCAGGUGGCCCUGCGCGUGCAGGAGCUGCAGGAGCAGUUGCGCGUGGUCGGAGAGGGCACCAAGGCCCAGCUGCUGGGGGGCGUGGAAGAGGCGCGCAGCCUGCUGCAGGAGCUGCAGAACCGCGUGGCACACCACACUGGCCGCGUCAAGGCGCUCUUCCACCCGUACGCGGAGCGCCUGGUGACCGGCAUCGGGCACCACGUGCAGGAGCUGCACCGCAGCGUGGCGCCGCACGCGGCCGCCAGCCCGGCGCGCCUCAGCCGCUGCGUGCAGGUGCUCUCGCGCAAGCUCACGCUCAAGGCCAAGGCCCUGCACACGCGCAUCCAGCAGAACCUCGACCAGCUGCGCGAAGAGCUCAGCGCCUUUGCUGGCGCCGGCGCUGACGGUGCGGAGGAAGAGGCCCAGCCGGACCCCCAGGUGCUGUCUCAGGAGGUGCGCCAACGACUCCAGGCUUUCCGCCACGACACCUUCCUGCAGAUUGCCGCCUUCACCCGCGCCAUUGACCAAGAGACCAAGCAGAUCCAGCAGCAGCUGGCGCCGCCUCCGCCAGGCCACAGCGCCUUCGCUCCAGAAUUCCUACAAGGGGACGGAGGCAAGGCCCGGAGCGAGCUGCAGGCCCGCCUCGACGACCUGUGGGAAGAUAUCAACUACAGCCUUCGCGACCAUAGUCCCGGCCAUCUGGGGGAGCCCUGAGGGUCUACUUGUCCACGUCCCAGAUUCUUGUCUGGGGAGCCCACGAUCUGAGCCUCUAACAUAGCUAUGUCCUUGACAGUGGCCUGUUGGGCAGAGGGUGGAGGGCCCUGCACAGGAUAGCUGAGGUCACCCAAAGGGCUGUUGUCCUAGGCCAUCCAGCCUCCUGCAAUUCCCCCGUCCGGAUGCAUUACAUUCACCAGGCUUUGCAAACCCGGCUUCCCGUGCUCAUUUGGGAAUCCUCCUGAAUUGCUACAUUCUGGGGUGGUGGGAGAGGGCGGGACGGAGGCACUGUAUGUGCAGGGUCAUUAUGUGCAAGCCUGUUGCCAUGGUGCUGGAAGCCUGUGCCUCUUCGUCCCAGGGCCAGGCUCUGAUCACUUCUGGCCACCUGGUGGCCACUGCUAGAGCUGGUCCACAGAGAGGAGCUCUUUUCUCCCCAGGGGUGCCAUGACAGCUUCUGUUGGGGGAAGAGAAGGGAGAAAGAGCAGAAAAUAUGAUGAAGAAAACAUGUGAUGGUGUGUGUGUAUAUAUCCCUGCUGGCUGAUGCUGGUGGGGACAAAUGGUGUGGGUCGUGAUGGGAGGGAGCAGAGCCUGGAUUUCCUUACAUAACACUACAUCUAAACAGCUGACCAAGCCCUCCAAUCUGUGAGGGCUACUUAAACUCUCUGGGGAGCCUACUGUGUGCCUUCCCCAUCUCUGGCCCCUCCCUCUCGACUCCCAGGCGGAAGUCUAGAUUUCUGACACAAAUGAAAUAGAUGCUUAUGAUGGAAGCUUA